UGGGCUUGAAGCAGCCUUGCAGUUUGCCGGCUUUUUUGGCCUGGGAGGUUACGCUUAUUUGGAGCCAUGCCGAUUCCAAGUUUCACAGCCAUCCAUCUCUGCGCUUGCGUUAUUUGCAGUUGCAAGCUCGUAGCUUGAGCCACGUGGUUGUUCCUUGCAAAGUGAGCUGCCGUUUCAGAUGGGGCCAUCUUGGCUUGCAAGUUGCUAGGAGGUCAGGCUUCGCUGGAGCAGCGAUCAAACAGCCCAUGAAGAAACCCUAGUUUCGGGGCGCCAAAUUCUUGGCGCCUAAAAGUAUUCUGCUGCAGGAAUGGGCAUGGUCCCCGGCGCGGAAGCUCGUGGAAACUUCCGAGGAGCAUAUUGCAAGCUUUGUUGCCGCGAAGGCCAAACCCCAUGUCGCGGAAGGUUGCGGAAGCCCCUCGGCUUGCUAGACCCAUAUUGUGACAAAGUGUCUUUGUUUUGGUGACCUCCUAAGACUGGGCGUGAAGCAGAUUGCUGGCUUUUUUGGCCUUGUAGGGAGGUUACGCUUCUUUGGAGCCAUGCCGUUGUCAAGUCACAGCUGUCCAUCUCCGUGUUCGCUUGCUUGAUCUGUAGUUGCUCGCUCAUAUCUGCCUGAGCGAUGUGGUUGCUCCUUGCAACGUGCGCGCGCAUUUGGGAUUCCGCAGAAGCACAGAGCUGGGGCCACGUUGGCUCAUUAGAAAUUAGCUCGAGCGUGAGCAAGCAUCCAUUUCCGGGCAAAUGCAAUGGCUGCUCUCAUCUUGACUUGCAAGUUGUCAGGAGGUUGCGCUUAUUUGGAGCCAUGUCGGUUCCAAGUCCCAGCUGUCCAUCUCCGUGUGCGCUUGCUUGAUCUGCAGUUACACGUUCAUGUCAGACUGAGACAUGUGGUCGUUCCCUGCAACGUGAUUGCGGAUUUGGGAGCUCGCAGAAUCACCGCUGGGGCCACGUCGGCUCGAUAGAAACAAGCUUGAGUAUCCGUCUAUUUUCCAGUAAGUUCAACGACUUCUUUUGCAGAUGCGGCCAUUUUGGCUUGCAGCUUGCCAGACUGCGGGGCUUCGCUGGGCUUGAAGCAGCCUUGCACUUUGUUGGGUUCUUUGGCCUUGCAGAGCGGUUCCGCAUAUUUGGAGCCACACCGAUUCAGCUGUGCGUCGCUUUGCAAUGCCAAGCUCGCGCUGGCCUGAGACAUUUGGCCUCACAUGCUAUCAGCUGUCGUCGCAAGCGCAACUUGAGUAGUUGUUGCUGAUUCAACCAGCGGCUGUCAAGAGCAACGAGCUGGCCGCUGACACCCCCCUUGCAGCUGCGGCGCGAGCGAAGCGGUGGAUAUUCUCCGGUUCUAUCCGGUGGACGAGUCCAAUAGCAGCCACGGCUUUGCUCGCCUUCGCACAUGAAUGCUUGAGUGCAUGAGCGCCACAGUAGUUGAGCACCAGCUUCAAAAGCAAGUUUCGCGAGGGUUUCAGCUGUGAGCAGCCACUUUGCAGACGAUGCGCCUGCUUGAGCCCUGCCUGCGCCAAAUGCUCAGGUAUGGCAAUUUAGUGUGCUGGCAGAAGAAUUGCCCCGACGCUUCACACGCCAAUCCUCAGUCGACUAUUCAGAGCUCUUAGGUGCUAUAGAACUUGGCCAGUGCUUGCACGCAAGAAGGCCUCUACUUCUGCUUGCAGUGCUAGCAUGUCUGUUCCGGCGCCCACUUGCGCCAGCUCGCCAAUGAUAGGGCUUAAGAAAGGCAUAAGAGGAAGAAGUGGGAUAAAGUGAAACAUGACGGAGAUGCCUGUCAGGCGAGACUUCAAAUCCGAACCCCUUGUCCUUCACACGAGCCCAACUCAUUGGACGCUGCCCUGACCUUCGGUGGCUUCCCAGCCCACCCCAUGCAACACUAUUCCGCAGGGUCCAUUCUGCGCUGUCCGAAUCCUACCCAGGUUGCCCAAAUUUCGGGUCCCUGAAAAACAAAGGACCUGAGAAGAAGCGAUGGCAAUCUAGUUGCUGCUUCAACAUAGAGCCCAGUCCCAUGCAUUUGCUGGCCAGGGUUUGCUUUUUUCGCAUUGGUCCCCCAGCUGCCGAUGAUGAGUUUGAUGAGUCUACUGAAUUGAGUGCUUCGGAGCUGUAGCGGCAGACAGUGUUGCUUGGCAAGGUCACUGGGACAUUGCGCCAUUUUGAGAACAACGCUGGAGCGCAAGUCCCGGCGAAAACGCCCGCGCAAUUGUUGCACAUGCUUUAGAGCAGACGAGAGGCAACCCAGAGACGUUUGUUACGUUUGACGCUGGUCGAGCUACCAGCAGCAGACAGAGCAGACAACCGUAAGGCUGAGGACAGAGUUUCACCCACAGACAUUCCAAAGGCCAAUGCGGCUCUUGUGCUGGUGGCACACAAGCUCAUGCCCGAGAGCUUGGAGGCUUUUCGGAAGGACGGGCGCAAGCUGACGGUGUUCUUGUUGUACUGACAAUGCCAUGUCAUCACGUUUGGCAGAGCCACAGCCACAAAAGUUGUUUCACCAGGACUGACCAAGACAGGCCGUGCGCACAUCGAGUUUCGGCCAACGCUAGAAAGGUCGCGGCCUGACAGGGACAGCAACGCUCGAUUGAACUUGCAGCUGGCUUGAGACAUUUGGGCAUUCCACACAAGCGAAUGCCAAUCGCACAGCGCUGCUUGCGCAGCGCUACUUGUAACGCUUUGCAGCCAGGUUCCAGGAGCCUCAUGUCUAUGCGUUUUGUGAGCUCCGCAAGCUUCGAGCCUCUCGUUCAAGUUGCAACUGCUGCAAAUGCCAGGGGUUUGCAGAGUGACGGGCCGUAAACUUCGUCGUAAAUCGAACACUGCGUUACGCGUUGGCCCUGCGUGUAUUUGGCUCACUUUCCGACGAGGUCAUCUUCGCAAUCCCCCAGCAGCGCGCGGGGACUCAACUGGCUGUUGAGAUGGAACCUCAAAACCCGCAGAGGCGUUGUGUGUUCGGUCAUGCCGGUCGUUCGGGUCUUGCUUCCAUGCCGCCAAAGUGCUGCCUUUGGCGACACAUGCAUGACCUUGAAUGCAUUUCUGCCUGUCCUGGUGUUCCUGCCAUUAGACGCAUCAUGAUGUGGCGCCAUCAGUGUAGCCUGCUCAGCUCGAUGCCGCGCUUGGCUUGCCAAGAGGCCUGCAGCCUGGUUGCGUUUGUUGGCCCUGUGUGCAGCUGCCUCGACGUCAGCUGGUCCUGCCAAAGCUCCUCCCUGAGUUGGCGGUCUUUUUCGUUUCGCACAGAGCAUGAAGCGCUUGUCCUGAAAAGUGCCUCCUGGGACUUAGGUGUGGGCUAUCUUGGCCUUCGCGGGAAGCAUGCUUUGCAUAUCCGCGGAUUUUGAUGUUUGGAGUUGCUUCUGCCCAUUUUUCGCUGGCACUGGUUGCAGCUUCACCUUGGGGAGGAGGCCGUUGCAAGAUCCGUUGAGGCUGAGGCGCGCUCGCGACGUACUGACAGCGCAUUUCCACACAUCCAGAAUCAUACUGCCAGCAGCGGGAGAUUCGUCAAUCGUUGCAAGCACGGCGUUGCCAAGUCCAGAUACUGAGUCAUAUUUGCAAACAAUCCCAGUAGUCAUGCGCUAUGCUUUAGUAGUGUUGCAUUGCACGGCUCGAGUGGAGACUUUGCACUCGAGAGAUGUUGCGCAACUUGGCAUAUCUUUGGCAUCUAAGCUCAGUUGGUUGCCUUUUGCCACUGGCAAACUGCACGGCAAAGCAUGAAUGCGCUAAGUUUUGCGGCUUGCUUAAUGUCAACUUGCAGCUUUGCAGCCGAGAAUGCUUUGGUGUCAGUGGCUUUAUCCUUUGCCGUUUCUAACUUUGAUUUGCACGCAAGAGCAAUUUCUCAGUUCCCGGGCAACGAGUUGGGAUGAGCCGCCAAGUUUUGCUCACGCGGUCGACUCAAGCAGCAAGGGCGACGUGAGUCACAGAUCACAACAGGCUGUAUGACAGCAGGUAGUGUCAGACAGCUUUGUACAGCCAGAUGGUGAAAAGCGAGCAAACAUGCUUUUGUCUUGCACCCGUACUUAGAACAAACGUGGCGCUGGUCACCAGCGACGGGGAGUUAGUCUCGCCUUUGUUUGUGACCUUGACAAGUUGCUAUCAACCUGAAGCGCAGCUUUUGGGGAACCGACAUGGAGGAGCCAAAGGAUGAUGCAUUUUCCUCCCCUGUACAAGGUAAGGCAUACUCCGGAUGGACAAUGUGGCCUUGAUGGUUGCAACAGCUAGUAGCAAUUCACGCAAGCGCCAAGGCGGCUUGCCGGCCUAGAAAACAGCAGCAACUUGUGAAGAAUGAGCAGGGAGCUGGCGCUUCGGAAUGAAGUUGAGGUCGGCCGAGUAAGCGGGCAUGGGCAUGGCUCGUGGAAGGAAUGAGCCCAUUUGCCACAACCGGAGGCUUUUGCAUUGAAGUGGUGCCUUGCUUUCACUAUGGGUUUGCCGUUGCGUGUCGCGUGGCUACGGUUCCACCUGUGUUGUUCGUUGCAUUCUCUGGCCCCUGGCUUUCGCAGUUCUCAAUUUGGCUUCGGCCCUCAGGGCUCCUUUGUUGGACCAUUGCUCAGCUGCACUGCAGACUCCUCGGACUCUUGACGUUCCCUGGCACUUUCCUCUCCUUAAAAGGCCUGGCGUUGGUGCGCCACGAGUCUACUUGGCAAAUUUCAUGCCAGGGGCACACUGUUUCGGAGGAAAUUGGGGGCGCGCGGGGCUUGGUCAAGCGCGCAGCUCGAGUCUCAGUAUGCAUCCAUUUCCCAGCAAGUCCAAUGGCUGCUCUUGCAGAAGGGGCCAUUGCAGUUUGCUGGCUCCUUUGGCCUUGCAGCGAGUUUGCCCUCAUUUGGAGCCAUGCCGAUUCCAAGUCACAACCGUGCAUCCCGUGUACUUUUGUGUCGAUUGCAGUUGCAAGCUGAUAUUAGCCUGAGCCAUGUGGUUGUUCCUUGCCACGUGCGCAUUUGGCAACCCGCAGAAUCACAGAGCUGGGGCCAUGUUGGCUCGAUACAAACUAGCUCAAGCGUCAGCAGGCAUCCAUUUUCCAGCAAGUCCACCGGCUGCUCUUGCAGAGGCCGUCUUGGCUUGCAGGUUGCCAGGAGGCGGGUGUAAAGAUUCCUGGCUUCUUUGGUGCCCAGCGCUUCCAGGUGCUCGUUUAACUCAAAGUGCCCGUUUAACCAGCAUUUUGUCAAGAGGCUGGAUUUCAACAAAGUGAAAGGUGCGUGAGAAACCCGUGAAAGACCGUGAACACCUCGUGAAAACAGCGUAAAAAGACACCCUUCAUUUACUCAUGCUAGGGCUCCCAGCAAAGAUAGCACCUUUAUCAAACGUGCUCGUUUAACUUGUCCUUUGGACUCAUUGCGGGCAGGUCCAUGCCGAUUCGAGGUCACCCGUCCAUCCGUGCUCGCUUGAGUUAUUUGCAGUUGCAAGCUCAUACCAUCAGCGAGCCGUGCGGUUGUUCCUUGCCAGGCUCGCGCGCGCGGACUUAGGAGCCCGCAGAAUUACAGAGCUGCCAUACAAACUAGUUCGAGCGUCAGUGAGCGCCCAGUUCCCAGUGCGUCCAAUGGCUAGUUUUGCAGAUGGGGUUAUCUUGGCUUGCAGGUUGCCAAGAGGCAGGCUUAAGUGGGCUUGAAGCAGCCUUGCAGUGUGCAGGCUUCUUUGGCCUUGGAGGGAGGUUGCGCUUAUUUGGAGCUAUGACAGUUGCAAGUCACAGCGGUCCAUCUCCCUUGCUUUGCAAUGGCAAGCUUGAGCGAGCCGUCGCAGAUGCAGCUAUCAGCUGUUGUCGCAAACGCGGCUUGAGUUGUUGUUGCUGAUUCAACCAGUGGCUGUCAAAAGCAACGAUUUGGUUGCUGACACUCCGCUUGCAGCUGCGGCGCGAGCGAAGCAGCGGAAAUUCUUUGGAUCUAUAGUGGACGAGUCCAAUAGCGGCCCCGGCUUUCCUUGCCUUUGCACGUGAAUGCUUGAGCGCAUGAGCGCCACAGUAGCUGAGCGCCACCUUCAAAAGCAAGUGCCGCAAAGCUUUCGGCUUUGAGCAGCCAUUUUGCAGAUGAUGCGCCUUCUUGAGCCCUGCCUUGCCUGCGCAGCAAAUGAUCAUCUAUUGGAAUCUAAUCUGCUGGCAGACGAAUUGCCCCGACGCCUUGACAAUUCGGGGGGGCUCUUGGGUGCUAAAGAACUUAGCCAGGGCUUGUUCACAAACAAGCCUCUACUUCCGGCAACGCUGGGUCCAUGUUUUGCUUGGCUUGGCUUGCGGAGCUUGUCUGUCUGCUCCGGCGCCCACUUGCGCCAGCUCGCCAACACAUAGGAAGGGGGAGAAGAGGGCUUUGGUUGUGAAGCAUGUCGGAGAUGCGUGUCAAGCAAGACGGUCGAGAAAUCAAAUCCGAAGCCCUCGUCCUUCACAUGAGCCUGACUCAUUGGACGCUGCCCUGACUUUCGGUUGCUUGCCAGCCGCAUGCAAGAGUAUUCCGCAUCCGUUGCCCAGGUUUCGGGCCCAAAACAAAGCAUUUGAGAAGAAUCAACAUGGGGGCAAGUCCCAUGCAUAUGCUGGCCAGGGUUUGUUUUUCUGCAGCCCCCAUGCUGCCAGUGACAGUCUAGUAUAUAUGUGUCUGCUGAGUUGAGUGAUUGUGGAGCUAUGGACUUCAGUGUCCCGGUAGACAGUGUUGCUUGGCAAGGUCGCUGGGACAUUGCGCCGUUUUGAGAACAACGCUGGGGCGUACGUCGCGUCGGAAUUGUUCGCGCAAGUGUCGCACCGGACACAGAGACUGGUUGCUACGUGCUAAAACGUUUCAGAACACUUCUUUGACCCAUAGCCGAGGCACCAACAGCAGACAGAGCAGACAACCGCAAGGCUGAGCUUGCUGGGGCGCGAGCGACGCCAGAAGCAUGUUGAACACGCUGCAGGACACAUUUGUGUUUGAAUCUCUUGCGGAAAAGACUGAUGCUGGUGGAGCUUUCGCAACAGCCAAGAUGUGAUGACUUGCGUUUGCGUGGCAUGCCAGCAGCAUCCAAGAUGCGCAGCCGUAAGUGCCGCAUCCCAAGUGCUGCGCUUGCCAAACAUGUAGUUAGGACGCAUUGUCAGCGGGUGCUCAGCCGUAAGUGCCGCAUCCCAAGUGCUGCGCUCGCCACACGUGUAGUUGUGCUUCGGCACAGGCUGCGUUUGCCUGCGAGCUAUAGGAAAGCCCUCGCGCAAGCAAAGAUCUUGCGCUCGAGUGACAGUGACGGCAGCUUCCAGAGA